AUGCUCUGCUCCGUUGCCACUUCCACGGCCGCCGCCUCCAAUUCCAAGUCCACCUCCAAUUGGCUCCAACGCCUCCACAGUUCUCACGACCUCUCCGUCCCUGUCCAUCGCCACCUCGAUCACUUCCUCUCCUCUGAUCCCAGCCCCGAUCCUACCACCCUGCCCGACCCUAGCCUUAAACUUCCUCUUACAGUCCUCUGCUCGGAGGCCCCCGAUCUCCCUUCGCUUGUCACCGCACUCGAUGAGAAGCAGAAGAUCUUCGAUAUCGUCGGCGGUGGUCUCGCGGAGCUCUUCGUCAUGGAAGGGCCGGCGGGGAUCAAGGCCAAGAAGAGCGCCUGGAAGCAGCCCAACCCUAGGGCUUGUAUUCCAUCCGUCUCCGACAGCAUCGACGGGUGCCGCGAACCCCCCAUGGCCUCCCCUCCCUCCAACGCGGACAACAGCGUGGUUGAGGCCAAGAAGAGCCGAACCAAAAUGUGUCGAAAGAGGGGCACAGCUAGGGGUUCGACGGACUCGGACUUGUCGGCGUGCUCGAGGACCGAUGUGACUGUCAUUGAUACCAGCCACCCUGGUUGGAAGUCGAAGAAGGUCAUCUUUAGGAACGGAAAUAUGUGGAAGGUGCGGGAUAAGAAAGUUUGGAAUUUGAAUAGGAAGAAGAGAAGGUUGGGCGUCGUAGGGUAA